GUGUGAGCCCUCAGUAGGUGGUUGUUAAUACAACGCUAGUCUGUAUUGACAUUUACAUCACAGCAUUGGUCUCGUCAGUAUAAAGCAACGCACGCCAGUCUAUCGGUCUUUCAUCGUUGCAAGGCAACACAAGACAUUUGUUCCUCGGCCUCUCCAAGCUUUUUCCUACUGACCUGAACAACAUCAAUCGUGGUUCUGAGCUCGACUUACUCAACCCAUACACUCAAAAACCUUACACAUCGAAACUCAAAGAAAUAUUCUGCCUGGAAGAAAUAAUAUUCAAGAUAAAAUGUCAAACGUAUUCAACAAUGGGCGAUCAUUACUGCCAUUUAGAACCCUUAUCAGCCUUAUAUUAUUACUCGUUAUUAUCCUGAACGAUGCGGAAAGCAAGGCACUGCAAUCUUCAGACCCUGUACAAAGCGUUGACUACUCUGUAUUGCAACAUCAAAGCACAAAGUGGUUCUCAUGGAAGUUUUGCGGCAAACUAGGAGACGUCUGUAAACCAGGUUCGAGAAAACACUGCUGUUCUGUUGGGUUCACUUGUGUGAUUCCUCUCAAACAACUUUACAAGAAAAGCCACCACAGACGUCGGUUUGGAAGAUGUGAACCAGUACCAACUAUAGCCAUGAAGUAUCGAGAGUUUAAUGCGGUCAUCGACCCAACCAAAAAACAAAGGUGAAUCGUCUUCAAUAAAGAGGGGCAGAAAGGACAAGAAAGACACGAAGGACUGAUAAAUAUACUUCAUAAUAAACACUCGUUUGCACGCGCGUACCAGCUGCAAGACACAGUGAAUCUGCACCACGUGAGACAAUGAAAACCGACUAGUUGCGGACUUUAUGAUGGACUUAUGGAGCAGUGAAGGAUUUCUGACAGAUCAUUUGAUAUUUAUGUUUACAAAAUAAACUUCAUUAUACAGUA